UUUUUCAACGUCACUUCCGGUCGAGCGUCACUCUCAAAACUCCCUCCCAAGGUGCUGCAAGCAGCACCAAGCAGGGCCAACACAAUACAAAUGGAACACAAAAACACAUAAAACUUCGCCAUCGUUGUCCAGGACCGUGAUAAACAUCUGGGGAGAAAGUCAACCAACCCAAUGCCCGAAGCUUGUAAUCUCUGAAAAAGGAAACAACCCUGCAAAAUAAAUCAUAAUCUGAAUCUAGAUUUAAACGCCAUCUAAAUUUCGCAAUGGCCGACAAUGUGAUUCGUCGAGAGGUACAGAGGAGAGAUGACCCUUUUGGUAUCCCGGCCUGCUUUUACUGGACUGUGGACGAGGUUGCUGAUUGGAUAGACAGUAUUGGGUAUGGGAAAUACAAGGAAAAUUUCCGAUCACACUUCAUCAACGGUCGAAAACUUCUAACAGUAGAUUCAUGCGUCUUGCCAAAAAUGGGCAUCACGCAUUUCGGCGAUAUUCUGGCUCUCGCCAGACUGAUCCGGGACCAGCUGCACAUCAGCCGAAAGGUGAAGGACUUCAACCACAUGUACCCUCACGUGCGCCGCUCUUACAUCGCCGCCCCGCACCCGAGCGGCACCUUGAGGAAGGCCAUCAGCUACCAGAGACACGCCAGGGAGGUGGAGAACAUCGUUCAGGCUAGGUUCAACUUCCUCAAGAAGAGAAACUAUUACUACAGUGGGUGGUCCAUGGAGCCAUGGUGGGACGAGAAACUGAAGCAGGAGGAGGAACAGAGGACGUACCUGGCCGGACAAUCGGCCAACACCAAGCCCUCCAUAGGAAGUUCGUUACAAGACAGACUGCGAGAGGCAGCUCUCCGUGAGUCAAAGAGCACAGAUCAGCCUGGUCCGCCGAGUCAGCAGAGCCUACAGUCUCAACGUCGACGCAGCUCUACUGACCAAGUUGGGGUGGUCAGUGUGAGGGACGGGAGGAUUCUCGGACAAGUCAGCUGGACCAAAGUAGACGUGAAGAAAUCCGAUGGUAGAAAGCUAAGUGGUGGUAGUGGUGGCAGUAUGAGCGAGUUGAAGGAGGCUCGGGGGAGGAAGGUGAAGAAUAAACGGAGUCACAAUGGCCCCUACCUGCCUAUUGUGUUCCACUGGAAGCAGAUGGAAGAGACGAAGGGUUACCCGCAGCUUGAGAAUGUGGACAUGCCUUCGGUGUGUUAAUAAAAGGGAAACAGCAGGAACACUAGG